UCUUUCAUUCGUCUUUGUGCUGAUGUCGAUUUUUCCAACGCCGAGUUCUUGAACAAUUCACUAUUAAUUGCAGCUAAAACUGCGUUUUCAGAUGGAUAUCGAUGGAGAUGUUGAAGAUGUUUCAAGAAGAGUACAGGUGCGGUUCGUUACGAAGCUUAAACCGCCGUUCAAAGCUCCGACGACAACCAUUGCCCUCCCUUCUACCCUCACAAGGAAGGGUCUUUCAUCCGUGGUUAAUAGCCUUCUUCAAUCAGGAAACGAUGAUUGGAAACAUGAACCAUUUGAUUUCUUGAUUGAUGGUGAGCUAAUGAGGAUGUCACUUGAAGACUUUCUUCUUGCCAAAGGAAUCUCAGCGGUAUACUUAUUUUUUCUUCCCUAA